GGGAGUGUUUGCAGUGCUGUUGGAAACAGACAACAAAGGGGAGAGGGAGAGCUACGCGCUCUCGCCGUGAGCAGCAGAGGACCUUUCACAUCUCUUCCUAGUCGGAGAGGAGGCAGGGACGCGGGAGCCCAUGUUCUGCUGGAUCUAGUUUGCUGCGCAGAUCUUCAGGCGGACACCCAUUCGCUUGGCGAUCACCUCGACAGCAUCUGCAGCGUUUCGAGGCAAUGCUGCAGUGAGAAUGUGGAAUACAACACCUGUCAUCUGUUGGAGCAGCUUCUUUGAUUUCAGUACACUUGGCCACCACUCCACAGCUGAGAUGAGACACACAAGGGCCCCAUGCCAGACCUGAAUGCUGAAUUAUGUAACCUGCUGGGAGCCUCUGCUGCGGCCAGUGGCAUGGACAUCAGCUGCCGCAAGGAUGACCAAACCAGCCACUCUGACCUCUUGGAGCCAGGCCCAGGCAAACCAGAGGGGAUCGCUAGGACUGGUGCGGGUGAGAGCCAAGGAUCCUCUCUGAGCGGCCCAGCCGAGGGGUCCCAGCGCAGUCUGGGAGCCAGACAUCCCUCCUUGCCAGAUGCCAGGCCCUCCAGGAGUCUGGAGGAGCUCCACCAGGCCUCAGCCCACCACAAGGCAGAUCCCCUGGUCCCAGGCUUCUGGCAGGGGGUAGGUGUCAAAGGAGUGCCUGCAGAGGGAAGGGAGAUGCUCCGUCUCCCCAGCGCCUCGCUGCGACCCCUCCUUGCAGUGGCGGAGGGGAGUGGUGCUGGUGAGACUAUCCGUGUCCUGAGGGAGAGGCUCAGGAUACAGAAUAGCAAGUCUGCUGAAGAGGCCAGUAGGCCACUCUGUCCUCGGCCCCCACCAGCUGAGCCUCUCAGAGCAGCACCCUCACCAGACACUGUUUUGGGGCUGACCAGCCCCUCCCAGAUAAUGGAAGAGGCCACGAGAAGGCUGCGUCUACGGCGGCAGAACAGUAGCCCCGACCUGGCACGGACUCUCUUCCCUGAAGAGGAGGGGGCCAGGAUCAAAGCAUUCAGUUCUCAGGGGAUGGGAAGGGGGCCGCCAACUCUGCAGGCUCCCAACGGGAGCCGUCGGCCCAGCCGCACCCACAUCCCCUCCUUUGAGGAGUUCAAAAGGAUGAGAGGGAAGAGUCAGGGGAUAUUGGGGGGCUCCAACGGGAUCCCCAAGUCUCCCUCGGGCCCCUGCCUCACCCAGGGGGGUCAUCCCCCAUCCUGGCCAUCCCACAGUGGGGACCUCCCUUACCACCACUCUCCUCUUCCUCCACCUGCGAACCCCAGUACAGACUGCCACGCCCCACCCGUCUGCACAGGUCCAGCUCCCAGCUCUCCCCUGCACACAGCGGCAGUCCCCCUUGGCAGCUCAGAGACCGGCAACAAGAAUAAGGAUGUCAGCAAAGGGGAUGCCAGUCUCCCGGGGAGGAACUCAGUGACUGAAACCCAGUCGACUUGCUGCCCCACGCUCCUGCUGGAAGCAGCCGCUGAGCUGUCUGCCUAUGGUGUCACCCUUCAGCAAAUGAAGAGCGGUCUGAUCGGAUCAGCCAUUGACCUCAUCAAAAAAAGCUGCACUGCAGAACCCGCAGCCAUCAAGCCGGCGCAGCUUCGGCAGCUGGAUGACGUCACUGUCAAUGAACAGAGCCGUCAAUCAGGCCCAGUUUCCACGGCAACCCUCGACGGCAGCGCUCUGAAGGUGGCGGCGUCUGCUGGAGCUCGCCAGGCGGACCGUCGUUCCCUGCCUAUCUGUCGGCGAUCCAGUUCAGACGCGGCUUAUGGGACCACGGAGACAGCUAAGGCUCAGCGGGAGUGCCGGCUGCGACCCCACUUCAGUGACCCGAUGCCAGCCGAUGCGGCGAAGCGGAAGCAACUGGAGAUGAGGAUUGCGGCGGCGGCCUGGGGCCUGGGGCAGAAACGAGGGCAGGACAAGGAAGGUGGUGGGUGUUCCCCCUCAAACAUGGCCGCCAAGAUGGAUGACACAUCUCCCAACUCUGGAGCCCAAGAUCACCGCCUUCACCCUGGGUCAUCCCGCAGACCGAAACACCGCUGGAGCAACCUCAGCACCGACAGCGGUGUUGUAGGACUGAACGACAGGGGCGAGGAAAGAGAGGAAGAGGAGGAAGAGGAGGACGAAGAGGAGGAGGACAGGGGGAGGAAGAGCCGGCCGGGGGAAGUGGAGCGGACAGACAGCGGGAUCGGGCCUGCCACAGCCAAGAAGUGGAGAAUCCGGGUAGAGGAGACGGCGCGCUCUGUGCAGGCCUGGGUGACGCACCAGCCUUGUGUGGACUGUGGUGAGAGGGACGUCUCUGAGCCCGACCCAACACCGGCCGGGCGACGGCGGGACCACCUGUGUGGCAAAUGUGCCAAGCGCAGACGGGAGCGUAAGGAGGCCAUCCUAGAGUUUGUCAACACCGAGUCCAGCUACGGUGAGGACCUGCGCAUCAUCCGCGAGGAGUUCCACCUGCCCAUGCAGGCAGCCGGCCUUCUCACCCCAGAGCAGCUGGCCGUGGUCUUCAGUAACAUCCAGGAGCUCAUCGAGGUCAACGAGAAGUUCCUGGAGAGGCUUCAGGAUUCCACAGAGCAAGCCUUCGAUCAGAACGAUGAGGACUUUUUGACUGUGUGCAUUGGUGAGAUGUUCCUGGAAUUCGUUAAUAUGUUGCCGGCUUUUCAGACGUACUGCAUCCACCAGUCUGCCUCUCUCAACCUGCUCAACACUCUGGAGAAGGAGAAGGAACUGCUCAGGAUCUUCUUGGACGUGUCGCAGAAUGACAAUACUGCCCUGCGUCGCAUGAACCUGCGUUCCUUCCUGAUGGCACCACUGCAGCGAGUAACCAAGUACCCACUGCUGCUGAGCCGGAUCGGCAGCUCGACUCCGGAGCUGCACCCGGACCACCGGGGCCUGCGGGAGGCCAAGAGUCGGGUGGAGUCGCACCUGGAACACAUCAACAUGAAGAGCCGGCAGGAGGGCGCUCCGCUCUGGAACUUCCGCUCGCUCCGGCGUGGGAGCCGGCGGCACCGAGAAGCCGCCGACCUGGAGCUGAGGGAGGUGGCGGUCCGUGCGGUAGGGUGGCUGCGAGAGGAGACGCGCUUUGCGAUGGAGGGAACACUGCAGUCCUCACAGCCUGGUGACAGCCAAUGGUCCAAGAAGGGGAGCAGGUCCCUCAAGUUCCAGAGCCUCCAUGCUCUGCUGCUGGUCAACAGGGCAGACCCUGAGCCCAUACCUGGCCAGAGAGGCUUGUCACCCAGUGGGGGCGGACAGGAGGCACCACGGGACGUCGCGCUGGUGCUGAUUCGGGACAAGAGCAGUGGCAAGUUCUCCCUCUUCCGGCGGCCCCUCCACCUGGGCAACUGCGUGGUGUCUUCAGAUCCUGACUGUGACGACACCUUCGAGCUGCUGGAGAUACCCAAGGAAGUGUUUGUCUUCCGCGCCGCAGAUCGUCCACGGACCCAGCACUGGUUCCAGCUGGUUAAAGGCUACUCGCAGGAUCUGGGCUCCUGGCGCAGGAGGCGCAACGCGCUUCCCAACAUCAUGAUCAAUGCCACCUGCAGCCGGGCCUGAGUCUCUGGGGGCAGAUCUCUCCGAACGACAAGUCAUUGCUUACUGAAAGGAGGGCAGUGCGCAGGAAGGAGUCUUGUGGGGGGUGGGGGUCGGGGCGAAGUUUGGUCAGGAGUUUCUUCAUCUGAACCGCUAUCCACAACUGUUGGUAUGUCCAGGAGUCCCCAGGAGCUAAGAUUUAAUCUUGCAAGUAAAACUCAGAGCUGGGGAAUACAAUUAAAGAAAAUCUCUGCUUUGAAGUUGUAAAGUUAUCAGAGAAGGUUUGUGAUUCAGUGUCACCCCGUCAGACAAAGAGCGACACACUAGGUGGUGGAGGAACUCAGCAGGUCAGGCUGCACCAGUGGAUGGAAAUGGACAGUCAGUGUCUCGGGUAAACGCCUUCAUAUGGUGGUAUAGAUAAAACAUGUACCAUACAGCACAGUUACAGGCACAAUGUUGUGCCAAUCUUUCAACAAACUCUUAAGAUCAAUCUAACCCUUCCCUUCCACAUAGCCCUCUAUCUUUCUUUCACCCAUGUGGCCAUCUCAUAAAUGUCCCUAAUAUAUCUGCCUCAACCAGCAGCCCUUGCAGCACAUUCCCUGCACCUGCCACUCUCUGUGUGAAAAACUACCUCUAACAUCCCCUUUUAUCUUCCUCUAAUCACAUUAAAAUUAAUAUUAGCCAUUUUCACCCUGGUAAAAUGGUGCUGGCAGUCCACUCUAUCAGUGCCUCUUAUCAUCUUACCUGUAUGAAGUCACCUCGCAUCCUCCAUCGUUCCCUGGCUCACUCAACCUAUCGUCAUAAGACAUGCUCUCUAAUUCAGGCACCAUCCUGUGGUGAGUCUUUCUGCACCCUCUCUAAAGCUUCAUUGUCCAUUCCUGUUUGUGGGAGUUUCCUGUGCACAAUUUGGCUUGCUCCCAUUUCUUUCCUGACAACUGUGUCUACACUUCAAAACUAUUUCAUUGACUUUAAAAUGCUUCGGGACAUUUUGAAAGACAGGAGAGAUUUCACAGCAACUUGAAGGGCAACCUUUUUUGACACAAAGGGUGAUUCUGUGGAAUCAGCUGCUAGGGGAAGUGAUUGACGCAGGUACAGUAAGAACAUGUAAGGGACAUUUGUACAGGCAUAUGGAUUGGAAAGGUUUAUGGGCCAAAUGAGACUAUUUUGGAUGAGACAAGUUGGUCGGCAUUAACUAGAUGGGCCGAAGGGCCUGUUUGUGUUGUAUGGUCUGUGACAGUGACGGAGGAAGACAUGAGAAAGGUACUACUUAAACAAACAUGUUCAGGAAUAAUAGAAAAUAAUUUUUUACAUAUUGUAAUCAUUCCUUGCCUCUCCAGAUUUAGCUUGCAAUGGUGACCAAAGAUUAAUCUUCAUUUCCUCGAGACUCCAGAUGCCUGCUGGGUUGGGAAUGUCAAAUGAGGGGAUGGACGACAGGUUUGGGGAAGUAGGCUGGGGGAUAAACUUUUAUACAUUUAAGGAAAAAAUGGAAUUUUGCAUCCUGAACUUGCUGGUGGAUGUAAACUUUGCAUUGGCAAUGUAACAACACACACUGAACCAUACUGCCCAUGGAGUUUGGAACUUUGCACUCAACAGCUCAAUAGUGGUUGAUUAUAAAAGCACUCCUUGUUUAUUUAUUUAACCUAUGAUGCACUUUGUGUUUGCCUCUCUGUUCCGGGAGCAUCAUUCAAACCUCACAUGGUUAAUUUUAACUGCUUGCAUUCAUGUGAUCGCAGUUUCAGUGUUUGACUCUCAGUACUAUCCCAGCUUAUCACAGCCAGUCUCUGAAAGCACAAGUAAUUGUGACUUGAGUCACGUGUUUAUUUAUUUGCCUUUGUUGUUAAAUUAUUUGAUUCACGCACUCAGCGGCCACUUUAUUAGGUACACCUGCUCAGUAAUGCAAAUAUCUAAUCAGCCAAUCAUAUGGCAGCAACUCAAUGUUCAGUUCAGUUGCUCAGACCAAUGGGGAAGAAAUGUGAUCUAAGUGGCUUUGACCAUGGACCUUAGUGCCAGACAGGGCUCAGAAACUGCUGAUCUCCUGGGAUUGUCACAAGUCUCUAGAGUUUACAGAGGAUGAUGGGGAAAGCAAAAUAGGGUCCAAUGAGCAAGUUUUGUGGGUGAAAAUGCCUUGUUCAUGAGAGAGGUCAGGAGAAUGGCUGGCAUGCUUCAAGCUGAUAGGAAACUUAAACAACUACGCAUUACAACAGCGGUGUGCAGAAGAACAUUUCUCAACGCACGACAUGUCGAACUUGAAUUGGAUGGGCUACAGCAGCAGAAGUCCGUGAACAUGCACUCAUCAGGUACAGGGGAUAGCUAAUAAAAUGGCCACUGAGUAUAUAUUUUACAACUGUCCUUGGAAUGCCAUCAAUCUAUGUAUGAGUGCUUGGUAUUUACCCAGUUAGAACUGUGUCCAGGAAUGUUUUCCAGUUAAAUUCAUGCUCCAGACCUGAGCUGGCAUAAAAAGUGGCCACAGGGAAUGGGCCAGUCUUACCUUUAAAUAUCUUCUAUGUAAGUGUUAUCUCUGUUGUUCUACUGAGCAUUGAGGGCAUGCUCUUUUAGCACCAGAAUCUGUGGUGGCACUUGCAAGCUUCCCCAGCACACCCCUGGACUGUGUUGGUUGUUAUCACAAAUGAUACAUUUCACAUGUGAUAAAUAAGUCUAAAUAUCUGAGCAAUAUAAAUGGUUGCCACCUCACCAGCUGGGCCACAAAUGGAAGGAAAUUGGUGAUGCUGGGGGUUUAACUCUGUGUUGAUUGGGUGGCUGUUUUGGUGUUGAAUGUUGUAGUCUUCCUCCUCAACAGAAAUAUUCAAUAAGCACAAAGACAUUUAUAAAAUAAUUAUAAACUUUCACACACUCGUUACUAUAUUGUUUCCAGCUCCUUGUCUAGAUGUACUUCAGAUUGCUGCUAUAAAUUCCUAGGGUCUUGGUGGGAGAAUUCAACACAAAUGCUGGAAAUCCAGAGCAACACACACAAAAUGCUGAAGGAGCUCAUAGAGUCAGGCAGCAUCUAUGGAGAGGUAUAAACAGGCAACAUUUAGGGCUGAAACUCCUGUCCUGAUGAAGGGUUUUGCCCUGUAAUGUUAACUGUUUAUUCAUAGCCUUGAUGUUGCCUGACCUGCUGAGUUUCUUCUGCGUUUUAUGGAGGAAUUCAACACCACAUAAACUAUUUACAUAGAUUUCUCUCAUUAAAGUGGGAUGGCUCUCUUAAAAUGUGUAUGCAGUAGUAUAACGCUUAAAGUUUUGGACCAUUCUCUAGUGCCUGGAUUAUUUAUCUUGAAAAGUAAGUUCAAUGGUAGCUACAGGUUCAAGCAGUUAAAUAAAUCUGACAUCAAAUAUAAAACAGACCAUAAUAAAGACCUAUCUGAUUCACCUAUCUGAUUACUCUCCAAGGGAAGAAAUCUUGCCCUUAGCUAGGGAGUGCCACUAAUUCGCUGAUUUGAUAUGAGCAGUUGCAGAGAUGCUUCAAAGGGAUAUGGAGAGACUAAAUGAAUGUACAUGCAAGAAAGGGAACAGGAGGGAAAAUUGGCUGGUGGGUUUGUUCUGCUACAGGCUAGUAGGGGCUGAAAUAGCCUGUGUCAUGUUAGUGAAUAAAUAGCAAAGUUGGUGGACGUAAGUUUGAUUGCAGCAUUCAAGAGAAGUUUGGGGUGUCUGGAACCAAGAGUUAUAGCUUCAAAAUAAAGGGACACCUGUUGAGUAUAUGAAUGUGAAUACAGUUCCUUACUUGGAGAAUGAGUCCUUGGAAUUCUCUGCCCAAGAUCUCUAUGGAGGUUUAUUUGCUCAGUAUAUGUAAGACACAGGCUGGAGAUUUUUGAAUAUUCAGAUUCAAGAGCAAUUGGGCUGGGGAGUAAAGCAUCACUGAGGUAAAAUCCUAGACAUUAUCUUACGGGCCAGAUAACCUAGAUCUAAAUCCUAAAUACCCACAUUUCACCAUCAAAAGGAAAUACAAUUAGGAUUUUUUUGAUUCACAGUGCAUUGAUGACACUGCCAAAGUUGGCAUUUAAUUCUAUCCAUAACUAGCCCUGAGCUAAAGAGCUGGAAAGGGGAUGGGGUUUACAGGUAUAUCUAGAGCAGUGCAGAUGAGGGUGCCAGAUACCCUUCCCUGAAGAACAUCAGAGGGGUUUUUAUAUAACAAACCUUUUUAUUUGCAUUCUAGAUUUUCAUUCAUAACUUCAAAAUACACACAAAUCAAAUUUUAACACCCCAGACAUCCAGUCGCAUUCAUUUCUUUGGCUCAAUUGUCCAUGGUUCUGGGUGCUUGUAUAGAAAUAUGUUCACUGCACUCCCACCCUACCUUCAUUCUAAAUACCUCUCUGUGUAUUUAGCAAGGACUUGAAUUUAAACACAAACUUUAACAUAGUCAAAAAACUCCAACAAUUUGUGUUUUAUAUAAGUGGAGCUAGGAAUUUAUAAGGAAACUAUAAAUUGAAGUGGAGACCAAACUCCAUAUACACCAGCCCAAAAUUAACUUCUUCAAAUACCUUGUAAAUAUUCAAUUACUAAAACAUUUAUUGAUGAGCACGUUGAUCGUAUAAUCAAUAAAUCAAAUGGUUUACAAAUCAGUUAAAAAUUCUUUCACUAUUCUACCAAGUUCUCAUGGUUUCCAGCUCUACUACCUCAACCAAUCUUCAUAAUGAGUUUAACUGUUGAGUGUUAUUGAUAUUCGUUGUCCAUCUCUGAUUGUCUCUAAGAAGAUGUUGGUGAACUUCCUUCUUAGUUAGGGUUAGUGAGUUGUGGGCAUGCUAUGUUGAUGCUGAAAUUGUGGCGACGCUUGUGGGCUGCCCCCCAGCGCAUCCUUGGAGCAUUCUCACAAACAGUGCAUUUCACUGUCUGUUUUGAUGUGCAUAUGACAAACAUAAGCUAAUCUUUAUCUUUUCUUGAGCAGUUGCCACUCCUCUGCUGAAGGCAUUUGGAAGUAAAUUGCAGGCUUCAGACCCAGUGAGUUAAACAAUCAUAUGUCAGGUGAGGGUGAUAUUAGUGUGUGGAAAAGAUUCACAAGAAUGCUACUAGAUGGAAAAUAAAUGCUGGCAUUGACAGUGACAUCAAUACGCUGUAACUAAAUAGAUAAAAAUCCUAAUUGGAUUUCCAUUUUGAUUGUGAGAUGUGGGUAUUUACAUCAAGACCAACACUUACUGUACCUUGAGUGAGGUGAAACAGGGAAGCAUGAUAGACCAUUUAACCCCUUGCACUUAUCCCUCCAUUCGAUAAGAUAAUGUCUAUAUGUUUCGAUUAGAUAUCCUCAACAGGUUACCCUUUAUUAAUGAGCAUGUGACAGAGUAGGUAACAGGGAAAUAAGAUUAAUGAUUAAUGCCUCUCAGGGCCAACAGGCCAAAUGUCAGGAACUAUGAUUCAUGCAGGUGAGUCACUGUCACUGCUACAUUGAGCAGAUAACCAGAGCCCUGCACCACUGAGAGGCUCGAGCUUCAGGGACAGAUCCCUCCAUAGUUUUGUACAUUGCAAUGCCAAGUCGAGAGAUCUGUCCUUCAGGUGAACACAAUGCUCUCCAGGGCAAUGUUCUACCUUAUGUAAGGACUAUAUAAAUGUCAACAAAACAACAAGGCAAAUUCCUAAACCAAUUCAGUCCCAGCGAAACAAAUUAACCAGGUCAUCGGAAACAGAAGAGAUUGCAGAUGCUAGAAUCUGAAGCAGAAAAUGACCUGCUGGAGGAACACAGCAGGUUAGGCAGUACGGGCCCUUUGGCCCUCAACAGUCAGCUGACUUUGAUCAAUUUAACCCUUCCCUCCCACAUAGCUCUCCAAUUUUAUUUCAUCCAUGUGCCUAUCCAAGAGACUCUUGAAUGUCCCUAAUACGACCACCCCGGCAGCAUAUUCCACGCACCCACCUCUCUGUGUUUUUAAAAAAAACUUACCUCUGACAUCCCUCCUAUACUUCAUUUCAAUCACCUUAAAAUUAUGCCCCUCAUAUUAACCUAUUGAAGGGCAGGGACCAUUCAUUUGGAUUAACCUGGUCAUUUACUUAAGUAGUGUGUGAAACAUCAUUGUAGGAACUUGGGCAGAUAUUUUCCCCAACAUUAGAGGACUUGUUGAACCAGAUGUUGGAAACUGUAAAGCACUAAAGUGAAACACAGGGAUUCUACAGAUGUGGAAAUCCAGAAUAACACACACAAAAUGCUGGAGAAACCCUAAAGAGUCUUGGCUUUAAAUGUCAACUGAUUUCAUUCCACAGAUGCUGCCUGACCUGCUGAAUUUCUCCAGUAUUUUGUGUGUGUUCCCCUGGAUUUCCAGCAUCUGCACAAUCUCUUGUGGUUAUUAGAGGAAUAAACAAGUUGACGUUUCAGACAGUACAAGGAGGUACAUAAUAAAGUGGCCACUAAGUGCAUAUGGCAGCUUCUUGUAUGUCGAGUCUCUUAAGACUCUGGUAUCUGAGUCAUGCACAAACAGAUGGAGUAACAUUGCCUAUCAAGUCAAAAGCAGAGAUUUGGGCUGUUGUUUGCAGUGAUGCAACUGUAGACUUUUAAUCCUGAAACUUCAAGCUCAUGAGAAACUAGAUGAACUGUGUUUUAACUUUGUAAUUUAUUUUUUCUCCAUAAUUUUUAUACCAUUGCCAGAGGGGGAUCUUUAUGAAAAACGCAAGCAAAACAAUGAUGUGUGUAUAGUGUAUUAUUGUGGAUCUUAAUAACGAUUAAAUAAAAGCAAAUCUAAAAACAAAAUCUGCAUCUUUUUCAUGUUUGUUUGCAAGUUUUUGGUGAGUUUGCUUUCAUGGAGAAAUGGGAUCUGAUCCCCGGAAUAAACGAUAAAGAUCCUAGUGUAGACAAUCACCUUCAUUGGCUGAGUGUUAAGUUCACAAAAAAGAAAGUUGUUUGCUCCUUUUCCAACCCCCUUCAAAUUAUAGGACCAUAAGACAAUGGAACAAAGUCAGGCCAUUCGGCCCAUAUGCUCUGCCAUUCCAUCAUAGCUGAUUUAUUACCCCUCUCAACCCCAUUCUCCUGCUUUCUCCCUAUAACCCUUUGAAGCCCUUACUAAUCAAGAAACUAUCAGCCCCUGCUUUAAAAAUGCCCAAGGUCUUGGCCUCCAUUGCGUCUGUUCUGUGACAAUGAAUGCUAAAUAUGUCAAACAUACUGCCAGGGAUGGUGGUAAAUACAGAUACAUUAGGGACCUUUAAGAAAUUCUUAGAUAGUCACAUGGAUGAAAUAAAAAUGGAGGGCUAUGUGGUAGGCAAAGGGUUAGAUUGAUCUUGGAGUGGAUUAAAAGAUCAGCACCUUGAGGGCCAAAGGGCCUGAACAGUUUAGCUCUAUGUUUAAAAUUAAUCUGAAAGUGGUGUUAUAGUCUGGGACAUUGUACUGCAAACAGCAACCAGGAAAGGAGCUAAACGUGCUAGUCAGGACAGGAAUAGGAUGAUAGUACAGAUAAAUGAAUGGUUCAGGAACUGGCACAGUUUCAGGUUCUCGGAACAUUGGAACUUCUUCUGGGCUAUGAUGUCCCAUACAAGAGGGGUGGAAGGGUUGCACCAGUACUAGAUGAGAACCAAUUUCCCGGUCAGGAAUUUUGCUAGUGCUACUUGGGAGCGUUUAAACUGAUUUUGCAGAGGGCUGGAACCCAGAGCAUCAGGUCAUAAAAUAGAAGGAUGGAGAGGAAGGUAGAUGCCAGGGCCAGUAAAAACAGGUAGGAGCAAAAUAAUAGACACAAUGGGACAGAUAGUUUGAGGAGUGUAUAUGUUAAUGCUAGGGGUAUCAUGGGUAAAUGUGAUUAACGUAGAGCAUGAAUCAGUACAUGGAACUAUGAUAUUGUGGCCAUUGCAGAGAAUUGAUUGAGGGAGGGACAGGAGUGGGUGAUUAAUGCCCCAGGGUUCCGAUGUAUUAGAAAAGAUUGAGAGGGAGGGAGAUAAAAGAGGUGAGAGGGGAGCUGCACUAUUAAUCAGGGACAAUAUCACAACUGCAUUCAGAGGGGAUAUAUUGGAGGGCUCGUCUACAGAGUAUAUGGGUAGAAUACGAAAAUAGGAAGGGCACAUUUACUCUGAUGGGAUGCCCCAAUUCACACCCAAUUUCCUAUGGAGGAGCAGAUAUCCCGGCAGAUUAGGGAAAGGUGUGAAAACAAUAGGCUAGUUAUCAUGAGGGACUUCAACUUCCCUAAUAUAAACUGACACCUUCUUAGUGCAAGAGACUUAGAUAAGGCAGAAUUCAUUAGGUGCAUCCAGGUGGGUUUUUAAAAUCAAUAUGUAAUUAGUCCAACAAGAGGGGAGUAAUGAGCUUGGCCAGUUGACUGACUUUUCAGUGGGUGAACGGUUAUGGAACAGUGACCAUAGCUCCUUAAGUUUUAAGAUAACUAUAGAUAAGGAUUAUUAUGGAUCUCUUGGGAUCUAGAAUCAUCAAGAAUGCUUGAGAUUAUUUUUUUAAAAGCCAGAAAAGAACUCAAGAAGAGAAUCAGUAACUUUAUGAAACUUAAUAAAAGUCAAGUUAGACCACAUCUGGAGUAUUGCAUCCAUUAGAGAAAGGAUGUUGUGUCUUUGGAAAGACUGCAGAAGAGGUUUACCAGGAUGCUUCCUGGAUUAGAGGGCACAUUAAAAUGACUCCUAUUAGAGAGCAUCAUUUAAGAUGAGAGGGGGUAGUUUCAAGGGGAUGUGAGGAACAAGUUUUUGCACAGUGUUUUGGAAGCCUGGAACACACUAACUGGGGAGUGGUAGAGGCAGAUACAUUAGAGACAUUUAGAUAGGUACAUGAAUGUAAGGAAAUGGAAGGAUAUGAAUUCUGAAUAGGCAGGAGGGAUUAGUUUAGUUGGCCAUUAAAUUAAUUUAAUUGGUUUGAUACAAUGUUGUGGGCCAAAGGGUGUUUUCCUGUGCUGCACUGUUCUGUGUUCAAUGUUCUACGACCUGCUGAGCUCCUCCAGAGUUUUGUGCAUGCUCUGGUUUUCCAGCAUCUGUAGAAUCUCAAUUAAUUAUCUGCUGAGUUGCUCCAGCAUUGUGUGUGCACACAGCAGACAGUGUCUGUGGCGUUGUGUGUGCACACAGCAGACAGUGUCUGUGGGAUCUCUGUUUUCUGCAAAACCUUCAAUGACAGAAUAUUACAGCACAGAUGGGGGCAGUUCUGAUCCUUGUGCCUGUGAUCUGGGAAUUGAGAUCAUAACGAGAUGGUUACUGAAGAGGGGGGGGGGGGGUUAAGGCCUGGGAUAGACUGGCUUUGACCAUAUUGAAUGGAGAGAAAGGGAAAUAUCACCCAUCUACUAGUGUUCUUGGUUCAAUGGAACACCUGCUCCCUCUCACCUAUAAAUUCCAGCCCAUGCAGAUUUGCUCCAUUUGCUUUCACCAUCACUCCAGGCAGCACAUUCCAAUCCUGUGGAUCUGCUGUGUAUGAAGAAAAAUUGUUUCCUUAUCUCCUCUCCAGCUCCUUGCGUUUGAGCUGUUCACCUUCCUGCCAGUGAAGGAAGUUUCUUCUCUACACAAACCAUUCAAAAUUUUGAAAAUUUCUACUAAAUUUCCUUUCAAUAUUCAAUCUUUUCACAUUUGAACAAUUCCCACUUCCCUAGUUUUCCCACACAAGUUCCUCUUCCCUGGAAAAUUUCUUCAAACUCUACAAAAAUUUAAAAUACACCCUAAAAUGGUUAGAUUUGGGUAAUGAUCUAAAUAGAAACAGAUCAGAUCUUUUGCUCCAAAAGACCUUUGACACAGAUGAGGGAUUGCCCAAUUGCCGAAUUCAGAUUUUCAAACAUUAUGGUCUAUGGCCUCCUCUACUACCACACAAAGAGGAGCAACACCUCAUUCUGUUUGUUCAUGCCAUCAGGUUGGAAGCCACCCAUCGAUUUUUCUCAUUUCUGGUCAUUUCUCCCAUCCACCUUUUUCCAUUCCUCAUCAUCUCCCUCUGGUGCCCUUCCUCCUUCCCUUUCUCUCAUAGCCCACUCUCCUCUCCUAUCAGAUCACUUCUUCAGCCCUUUAUCUCAUCCACCUCUCACCUCCCAGCUUCUCACUUCACCCCCUCUCCCCCACCUUCUUAUCCUGGCUGCUUCCCCCUUCCCUUGCAGCCCUGAAGAAGGUUCUCAGCCUGAAACGUUGACUCCACAAGAGAUGCUGCCCGACCUGGUGAAUUCCCGCAGCGUUUCGUGUGUGGUGCUUCCGAUUUCCAGCAUCUGAAGAAUCUCUUGCGUUCAGAUCAGACCAGAUCCUAACCGUGCUUGAGCAGACCGUCACUUCAAGUACCUUUAUCUAGAGUCAGAUUUCAGAAAUCAACGUAAAUAAAUGAAAAAUUGUUUGUAAUGGGUCUUCUUACCCAAAUUGCCCAUGAGAUCCACAGUCUGAAUCUGAAAUUGGACGGGAGAUUUAGUAUGACAUUGUACAGCCUAACACAACACAGACUAUCUUCAACAAAGUCUGUUUCACUACAUGGUAUAUCCGCAAUCUCAUCUCCUCUAUUUUACUAUUUAAGCCAGAUGUAGUAAUAGGUGUAAGUGAUAACCCAGUGGCCGCAUUCUCACCUCCGCGGCAAAAGGAUGUGGAAGGAAAACCUGACUUUAAUAAUCUAGUUCUCAACCGGGGUCAUGAUUUUUAAAAUAAACAUCGUUUUUUGAACUUCGCCCAACCGACACGCAAUGCUAGUGGCAGGCAGGGACUGAGCAGCCCCGGUGGCGAUCUCGUUAGAUCUCGUAUGGCAGUGCACAGUAGGACUGUGUUUACUUGCUUGAGUCCACUCUCAGUUUUUGACGUGAGAUGGGGGAGCAUGGUAGACUGAUGGUGAGCACUGUAUUGCACGGAAGCAGGAGGGUAAACUGAUAAUUGGUGAGCACCGUAUCUCACGGAGAGGCGGACGGUAGGCUGAUGAUGAGCAUGAAGUGCAUUUUCUGAGCACUGACUGGGCUGCAAAGGCAGCAUCUCCCAGCUGAAUUCUCUCUCCAACUUCCCCCCACACGCCACCGACUGGUUUAAGGGAACAAACAAACUCCCAUAGAAAAUUGGAGGGAAAUUUUCAUUCUAAAGGAAUUUUUCCGCACCGUGACUCAGCUACUGGCCUGCCAUUUUGCUGAGUUGUAAACGUUGCAAAAGGUAGGUGUGGGUUAGGAGUGAAUUGUGUUGUGAAGCAACACACACGUGCUGGAGGAGCUCAGCAGGCCAGGUAGCAUCUAUGGAAAAGAAUACAGUGGACAUUUCAGCCCGAAACCCUUCAGCAGGACUGGAAAAAUAAAGAUGAGUGGAGUUAAAAGGUGGUGGGAGAGGAGGGAGAAAAACACAAGGUGAUAGGUGAAACCGGGAGAGGGGAAGGGCCUGAAGGAAAGGGCUGGGAAGUUGAUAGGUGAAAGAAAUCCAGGGCUGGAGAAGGGGGAGUCUGACAGAGGACAGAAGGUCAUGGAAGAAAGAAAAGGGAGGGGAGGAAGUACUAGAGGGAGGUAUGGGCAGGCAAGGAGAUAAGGUGAGAGAGGGAAAAGGGGAUGGGGAAUGGUGAAUGGAAUGGGUGGCGCCAUUACUGUAAGUUUAAGAAAUCGAUGUUCACGCCAUCAGGUUGGAGAAUAAGUUGUUGUUCCUCCAACCUGAGUAUGGUCUCAUUGCGACAGUGGGUGGAAGCCAUGGAUAGAAUUGUGAAUUGUAUUGUGAAGUGUUUGUAUGUUCUGUGGCUUUCUCAUUUCGUUAUUUAUUACGCUUUUUUUUGUAUUUUAUGAAAUUGUGUUAGGCUAUAUUUUUAUUCAUAUUACCUUGGCUUAUUUUUAGUAACUUUACUACACAACAUUGUCAAUAAAUUUUCAUAUUGUAAGUAGCAUUAAUUAAAAUCAAUUUACAACCUUUAUUUAAAUCAAAUCUACUAAGCCUACCUUUAGAAAAAUUAAAUCCCAUUUUGGCUUAAGCCAGUUAUUUAACAGAAAUUUAUUGUGUUUGCCUUAUGAGUUUUUAAAAUUUAUUAAACAGAAAAAAACAAAAUUAAUUUCAAGAAAGGUAAGCAGAGCUUAACUAUCUGUUUUUUUUCCAAGAAAGAUCGGCUAAAAAUUUACUCUCUACUCAAAAGAGCACUGGCAAUUAUUUUUGGAUUAUUCUAUCUACAACUUACUGAUCACGCUAACGUACCAUGAGCUGUAGAUAUAAUAAUUUUUAUACAGGGGUGCCCCUAGACCUGAAAAUUAUUUCAAGGAUUCCUCCAGGGCAAAAAGGUUGUUAAAUUGCUGCUCUAUAUUGUGGGAUGAGUAUGCCCUCUAAUGGUGGGAGCAACUACUACCCAGCAAGUUCAGAAAUGAAGACCAUAAGGAGCAGUUAGGCCAUUCGGCCUAUCAAGUCUGUUCUGCCUUUCCAUCAUGACUGAUUUUUUUUAUCCUUCUCAACCCUAUCCUACUGACUUCUCCCCAUUAUCUUUGACUAAUCAAGAACCUAUCAACCUCGGUUUUAAAUACACCCAAAGACUAGGCUUCCACAGCCAUCUAUGGCAAUGAAUUCCAGCUUCACCACGCUCUGGCUAAAGAAAUUCCUCCCCAUCUCUGUUUAAAGAGUCUCUUAAAUGUCAGUAAUGUAUCAGCUUCUAACAACAUCUCUGGCACCUAUAUGCACCCACCUAUCUGUGUAAAACAGAAGUCCAUCUCCCACCCCCCAUCCUCACCACAUACUACAGGGGUUGUAUUGAGAGCAUUCUGAGCAGCUGCAUCACUGUCUGGUUCGGAAAUUGCACCAUCUCGGAUCGCAAGACCCUGCAGCGGAAAGUGAGGUCAGCUGAGAAGAUCAUUGGGGUCUCUCUUUCUGCCAUCACGGACAUUUACACUACACGCUGCAUCCGCAAAGCAAACAGCAUUAUGAAGGACCCCAUGCAUCCCUCAUACAAACUUUUCUCCCUCCUACUGUCUGGAAAAAGGCUCCGAAGCAUUUGGGCUCUCAGGACCAGACUAUGUAACAGUUUCUUCCCCCAAGCUAUCAGACUCCUCAAUACCCAGAACCUAGACUGACACCUUACUGCCCUACUGUCCUGUUUAUUAUUUAUUGUAAUGCCUGCACUGUUUUGUGCACUUUAUGCAUUCCUGGGUAGGUCUGUAGUCUAGUGUAGUUGUUUUUUUUUCUCUAUGUUGUUUUUUACGUAGUUGAGUCUAGUUUUUGUACUGUGUCCUGAAAAACGUUGUCUCAUUUUUACUAUGUACAAUAAAAGUGACUUGACUUGACUUGGGGGGGGUGGGGGGAUGAUAAAUUUUAGCCAUGAUCAAAUGGCAGCACAGACAAGGUGGGCCAAAUGGCUUAAUUCUGCUCUUCGGUCUUGUGGUCUUUGAUGUUUCAAGGAUGAAAGAAAAGUGGACUGCUACGAGGGAGAGAAGGGUUAGAUUCAUCUUGAAGUAGGUUAAAAGGUUAGCACAACAUUGUAGGCUGAAGGCCAGUACUGUGCUGUAAUGUUCUACAUUCUGUUCAUCCAGGACUCCUCACCAUCUCAAUUCAUAUUCUGGCAGAGGAACGAGCUCAUUCUGUGCCGUAUCAUUCAAUUAAAUUCUGACACCAACUUCCCUCAAGAUGAGACCCAUGUGCAUGCAGGAAUAUUUGGUUUUUAUUUUGUUUGCAGGUAUCAAAAGGCAAACCGAAAAGUAAACGGCUGAGCACAAACGUGGUGGUGAGUGCUGGAUUAUGUUGUAAAUCAGCAUAAGAGCUCAGCUCAGCACCGACAGACAAGGCUGCACAAAUCAGCAUAAUACUGACCACACUGAAGGAAGUUACAGCUCUUUAAACUUCAGAUCCCAAAAUUAUUUCACUUUACCAUAAGCCAUAAUCAAGAUAAAAAAGAACACAUCACCAUUUUUCCAUCAAAAACAC